CGAUAAAGGCGAGACAGCAAUAUAUAAUAACUUUUUUUUUGGGGCUUGCAUUGUGACGAAAGUCGGAGCAAGCGAAGGUUGGUUGGUUGGUUCCUGCUUUUUUAUUGGAAAAUUUGAAAUUCAUAUUUUUUUUCUCCUUCAACUUUAUGGCACAAUUGCGCAAUGGCGGUAAAUAAGUGUUUGAGAAUGGGGGCUGGCUUUGUUGUACCGAAAACAGCCAAAAGAUAGACUUGAUAAAAUUAAGGCUUUUUCGGAGUCAUGUCAUGGCCAAGUGUUAAUGUGUACCAUCUUACGCGGUCAAUAUCGGAUAUCAUGCCAAAGAAUUUAACCUAAAAUCUUAGUUUUUCCGACAUUUCUCAUUUUAGGUUAUAAUGCCUAGAAAUCCAUCAACGCAAUCUAUUGUUCCUUCAUGAUUGUUUCUCUAACUUAGUUUACUUUAAUCUAAAUAACUUUUGUUCCUUUGUAAAAAAAAAAGCCAAUUCAACUUUAAAUCCAAAACUUUUGCGUUUCCUUUGUCGUAUUUUUAAUGUUUAAAAGUAUUCCUAAGGGACCUGAUGUUGUGGUAUUUAAAUUUUCUUGGGUUCGUUGUACCCUCAUUUCUCGGCUUCUAGUAUCGCUGGUUGGUUUGCGCUGUUUAUUCUCUGCACGAGCCGCUAGGUCGAGUUCAGAGGUAAUCUAUCCUGAAAGGCUUCACGCGCGUCGUGAUAGAAGAGACCUCUCCACGGCUACUGAGAACGGACACGAAGCAAUCUCCUUCCUCAGGGCAUUUAAAAAAGACAUGAUUCUGGACACCAAGAGGAACAAUGGUGAACUUGUGAGCGCGAAGGCUAACCUAAAUCUCUCGUUUAUUUUGGCAUAUUUUGGUCUCCCGGAUCAUUGUCGUUACCAGGGCACCAUUCGAGGUGUAACCGACUCGAUGGCGGUUUUUGACACUUGCAGUGGUCUCAAGUAAGUGUUUGUCAUUUGUACACGUAAAAUUUCAAUUUGUUUUUUUUGCAUACUUGUGGUCUUCCAGAUAUACCAGCGCAUCAAUAUCCGCAUAGUCAUGAAGCACAUUGAGAUAUGGACCGACGGCCGCGACCGAUGGGAGCGACAGUCAGAUGCUGGGCAGGAGCUCGGCAAGUUCAGGGAAUACCUGGAGAAACACGUCAGUCCCUAUAUCCCCCAUGACAACGCUCACUUUCUCAGAUCAGCUUAUUUAGCAAUCUCCAUGACAACGCUCACUUUCUCAGUGGUUGACAAACGUAAACGGUCCUUAUGUAGCGAUGGCUCACGAAAUGGGACACAAUUUCGGAUUUCCUCACGACAAAGUCUCGGAAACCUGCAAAUGUCUCACCCCUAGGGGAUGUAUUGUGGGAGGAGACAAAGCGUAGAGAUGGCGCCAGGCUUCUCAAGUCGACAAUAAAGGGACACAGUUAUGUACGCAUGGAUUUAGAUGGUGCAUGCGUGGACUUAGAUAAUAGUGGAAUACGCGAUGUGUAGAAAGGGAAAAUAAACAAUAAAGACAGUUAAAAAUGCA